UGGAGCUGUAGCUUCCCGCCAAGGCAAAGGUAACCAUUGUCUCCUUCAAACCUAUCUUCAAAAGUAAGGAAUAAGUGUUGUAUGCAAAAUCCAUGUGAAUGAAUGAAUGAAGCAACCACUUAUUAGUUUGUUUAGUCACUUAUUAUAUUCACCUAAACCCCACCUUUGCUUGUUGCCCCUACUCUCUUCCUUCUUAUAAAACUCCCUCUAACUCAUCCAUUUUUCAUCAACAAAAUGGAUGAUUCCUCACAUUUUGAACUUAAGAUCAGCCCUACCAGAGAGGAUGAUCCUUCCUCAACCUUUGAGCUUCACUUGCUCAAGACCACUUCCACUCAUUCUUUCUUCUCUGAUGAAACCAAUUCCAUGUUCCUUCUCACUGCCAAACUCCCAGGUUUUGCAAGAGACGACAUUGUGAUAACUAUCAAUGGAAGCGGUACUCGGAUCGAGAUUAGUUGGGGACAACCUGUUCAGAAAAUGGAGAUUACGAGAUGGACGUACAAGAAAGAAACAGAGACAAGGAGGUUCAAGAAGAUCUUUCGAAUUCCAGAUGGUGUGAUUUUGGAUGAAAUCAAGGCCACUUAUAAUGAUGAAAAGUCCAUUUUGAAGAUUUUGAUGCCCAAAUUGGAGGAGGGGAUCCUUGGAGUAGGAAUUCAAGAAGUGAAGGAAAAGGAAGCUGGCGAAGCCACGUUUGAAUCUCAGGAUUCUGAAGCUGAGGCGAUUCCACAUACACCUACAGACCUUGAGACUCCGGAAACGGGCAAAGAGACCAAAUUAAUUGAAGAUACUCAUGGAAAUGGAGAAUUUGGAGGAGAAAAUGCCAAGCGGGAAGCAUUUUCCAAGAUGGAAUAUGCAGCAGAAACAACCCCAGAAGAGAUCGAGAAGCUGAAGGGCAAUGAGAUGGAAGAUACCGAUGGAGGUUCCAAUGACUACUCUGAAUGUGAACAACUAGAAACAGGAGCAACAAAAGCUACAGAGUAUGAGGGCACAAAAGAAAAUAUGAAUGGACAAAUAAAGGUCCCUAAAGUUACAAGUAUGGAAGGAAUAGAAGUAGCGGAAGGAACAUCACAAGAAACAGCCAAUCAUCAAGAAGAAAAAGGAGAAGGCAAGGCUGAAGAACAUAAUGGUGAUAUAGCAACCAUGAUAAAAAAGAAACUAGAUGUCAAAACACAACCACAAGCUUCAAUUGAUCAAGAGGCACAAACAUUAGAGCAGGAAAAUUUUAAGCGAAAUCGACAUACUCGAGCGGAGCUGGGGAAGCUGGAAACAUAUAGAAACACUCGGGAAUUGAAAGAACCUGAAGAUAUAGAAAUUCCAUAUUUGCAAAGCCCUGCACACGAGCAUGAAGAAAAAGAAAUAUCAGAUGAGAAAAAAACUACGCAAUCAGGACAUACAACAAAGGUAAAGACUGGUAGAGAUGAAGUGCGGUUUCAAGUUAUGGGAAUGUCAAAGCAAGGCCACAUUUUUCUAAGUCAAUAA